GACGUCGAGUAGUCCAGUUUCGAGUGACACUAGUUUCGGGUGGUGCUCCACACACGAGAGCCUCAGAGUUUAUUUAUUUUGCGCUAUUAUUAUUAUUGUUUUUCCUUUUUUUCUCGGCCGCGUUACCAUAUACGCGGACCGUGUUUAAAAAAUUUUGGAAAAAACCCGUUCAGCGCGAUGAAGUGAUAGUGCAGUCGUCGAUUUCCGGAUUUCCUGCUUUCCGCCGUUGCCAAAAAAUAAAAAACGGCGAAAAAAUUCGGCGUGACCGCGGCCGCAACGUUUUUUUGCGUAAAAUUUUUUCGGAUAAACCGCGAAAGUGGCUCUCUCGGUGACAGCCGCUUCGUCGGCGGCAUCAGCCGUGUUCUCCGAGAGCUCGGGCGACCUGCUGCCGGAGCUCAACAGUGCGGACCUAGCGAUGUCGCUGAGCCCUAAACCGCACCAUCAUCAUCACCACAAUCAUCACGCUGCGCACACGACACCAUUCUCUGUUACCGACAUACUCAGUCCAAUCGAAGAGUACCGUAAGCUUGAACUGUGCGGUUCGCCUUCCCCGUACCACAGGUCCAGUACAGCCGGUAGCACCGGUGGAAGUGCUUCCGGAAGCCCAGGAGCCAUGUCCGGCGGUGGAGGUAAUAACAACAACAAUAACAACAAUAAUAAUGUCCCAGGAGCGGUUCCGGCCGCGGCCAGUUGGCAUGUGCAUCCGCAAUUCCCGGCACCACCGCCGCCACCGCCUCAAUAUUGUCAACCCGACAUGGUCACGUCAUACGGCAAUUCGGCCACGUGGUACGGGGCACCCGCUAACGAUCCACGAUUUGCAAUAUCAAGAUUGAUGGGCUCGUCAAACACCCCGAUGAAUGGUAUGACAAACAUGGAAUGCGAUAUCAAACCACCUCUACAGUUUCCACUUACCCAGAGACGAAAGCGGAGAGUGUUGUUCACUCAGGCUCAAGUUUAUGAACUAGAACGGAGGUUCAAGCAACAAAAAUAUUUAUCAGCACCUGAACGAGAACAUUUGGCGAGUUUAAUUCAUUUGACUCCCACACAGGUGAAAAUAUGGUUCCAGAAUCAUAGAUACAAGUGUAAACGUCAGGCGAAAGAAAAAGCUAUGGCCGAACAAAAUGCGCAAAAUCAGGCUCAGAGUUCACCACGACGUGUGGCCGUGCCCGUUUUAGUGAAAGACGGCAAACCGUGUUCGGGUACGUCAGACGCGUCCGGCCAACAGCCCGCGCCCGGCGGCAAUAACUGCAACGGCCACAGCCCCGCUAUGCAUCACGGUGGCCACGUACCCGUCCCCGUCCACCACCAUCACCACGGUCACCAUCACCAUCACGGGUCGCCUAAUGUCGGGCACCACCAGCAACAGCACCAACCGCCGCAACAUCAGUUGCUCACCAACACCGCGAUGCCAUACCCAAGACAGAACGUCAGCCAACAUCACCAUCAACAGCAAAACAUGUCCUAUUUAUCCAUUCAAGGACGAGCAUGGUGAGCUAUGGCCCGUUAUAUAAUUACCUAUCUUAUUAAUAGACGAGCAUUAUAUUUAAUGUAGAUUUUCAAAAAAAAAUAAUUUCAUUUUGUUUUGUUUCAAUAUGAACUUUUU